AUGAAUCCUUUCUUCAGUAUGAAGAAGGUACAGGAGUUGGAGGGACGGGUGAAGGUGCAUGUGGAGAAGUUGAGGGAUAGGUUCUUGGAGAUCAAGGGGACGGGAGAGGUGAUGAAUGUUAUGGCGGCUACGAGUGCUUUGACGCUGGAUGUGAUCUCGGGGUACUCCUUCGGCAAAAGCUGUAACACCCUCGACACGCCAGAUAUGGGUCUCUGGAUCUGCAAGAUGCUGGAAGAUGGCUUCAGGCCGGAGAGGUUUCUGGGUGAGAGGGGGAAGGAGGUGUUGAGGUAUAUGGUGCCGUUUGAGAGGGGGCCGAGGAAUUGUUUGGGUGUGAAUUUGGCGUGGAGUGAGAUGUAUUUGGCUGUUGCGGCGGUGGUGGGCGGAGUAGAGGGAUUGGAGUUGGUGGGGACGGGUAUUCGGGAUGUUACGGUUGAUCGAGAAUACUUCAUCGGGGUGUUUCCGAAGGAGAGUAAGGGUGUGAGGGUCAAGGUCAAUGGGUGA